AACGUUUCUUUUCCAUAGAAAAAUUAAAUCGGAACAAAAAUAAAAAGAAAAUAAUAACAACAACAAAAUGUGUACAAAAGAAAAUAGUUUUCCAUAAUUUUCUUCCAUUUGUUUUAGUGUAUCAAGAAAAAGAAAAUAAAGUAGAAGAAAAAUGUUCUGUAGAAGUGCAUACAUUUCAUUUUAAUGAGCGUUAAGUAGGUACAUACCAUUAUAGUUUUCAGUUCUUGUCGGUGUUUCCAUUUCCUCAGUUCACUUUACAUUUUCCGUCCGGAAGUUUAUUCCAAACAAAGUAUAAAUUAUUAUUCUUCAUCAAAAUCAGUUCUGGAAAUAAAAUAAUAUUUAUCGAUUCAUAAAAUAAAAAAAAACAGAUGUCAACCGUGAUUCAUAUAUAUAUUUGUGCGUGUGAUGUAAUGUCCUCCUCAUGAAUCGCUAUCGCCACUAAAUCGAAUCGUGUUACACUUAAAAAGCAACCCCUCCUACCAUAAAAGCAAGCAGCAUAGAAGCUAAAGCUAAAGAGGGUACCUCCAUAACCAGAGACUAUUAUGGAGAAUUUUACAAAAACACCCAUGUUCUUGCGGAAGGUUCUAAGCGAUGCCCGAAGGUCCUUUCAACAACGUCAAGAAAUUGAUUUGGCUCCCGAAAUGGAACUUUCACAUAGUUUAACUUUGAAUGAGGAUGCCCUCAAACAGCUUCCUGAACAAAAACGGCCAGUAUUCGUUUUUGAAUGGCUACGGUAUUUGGAAAAGGUCCUGGUGACCGCACAAAAAUCUGACAUCAAAUCAUGCCAAAAGAAACUAGUUCAACAAUUAACCGCACACAUCCAAGGCUCCCCUGGACCACCAACAAGAAAACUCAUUGCCAAUUGUCUAGCGACGUUGUUCUCUGUUGGAGAUACAUUCUUGCUGUUUGAUACAGUUAAUGCGUGUAAUGACAUUCUAAAGAACAAAGAUGAUUCUCCAAGCUAUUUGCCAACCAAAUUAGCUGCCAUUUGCGUUCUUGGUUCAAUGUACGAGAAACUUGGUCGUAUGAUGGGCAGGUCGUAUGAAGAAACAGUUCAAAUACUGCUAAGGACUUUACGGAGUGCUGAAUCACAGACCAGAAUCGAAAUAAUGAUAACACUGGAAAAGAUUUGUUCAGGAAUGGAUACAGCUAUAUCGAAUGUCCACAAGGACAUUUACAAGGCCACCAAACACUGUCUGACCGAUCGUGUGAUGGCGGUACGUGUUGCAGCAGCGAAAUGCAUGCUUGAAAUGAUUAAUCAUGCACCAUUUUUAUACCAAACCGAAUUGGAGAGCCUUGCAACACUAUGCUUCCGUUCAUUUGAUGGUAGCAACUAUGAAGUUCGCUGUGCGGUUGCUAAAUUGCUGGGAACUCUGUUGGCGUUUACUCAAGCUCCCCCAGAUGGCAACAAGAAACCAGCUAUGUCAGCAAGUAAGAACCAACCAAGAUCAACUUCGUUGGAUGAAGCAUUCGGAAUACUUAUGUCGGGUUUCUUGCGUGGUGGGGUGUCAUUUUUAAAGGGAACUGGUGAAAUAAUAAAAGGAAGUUCUGGAGUUAAUCGGGAAGUUCGCGUAGGAGUAACACAUUCCUAUGUGGUAUUUGUUCAACAUAUGGGAAGUGUGUGGCUGGAGCGUAAUCAAACCACUUUUUUGGCACAUGUGCUCGAUUUAGUGGCUAACCCGAAAGCAGCUUCGUCGCAUGUAGAUGCUGUUUACUCACGGAAAUGUAUCAAUUUUAUUCUUCGUUCGAUCAUCGGCAAGAUGCUUGGUGAAAAGGCUCAAACGUCGGCGUGUAAGGAGCUCAUCCACAUUGUUGCCAAAAAAAUGAAUUCUAUAGACUUCAAUCCAGAGAAUGCGAAGGAUUCCAAUCAGGAAACACUUUUCAGUCAACAUCUGCUUGUGUGCGCCCUGCAAGAGCUGGGAAGUCUUGUUCUUGGUCUAGGUACCACAGCCUUGAAUCUGUUGAACGAUCAUACUCUGAAUGCUAUUGACGCAACGUGCGCGGUGUUGGUACAUCCAUGUGCCGCAGCACGACUUGCUGCCGCUUGGUGUUUAAGAAGCUUCUGUGUUGCAGUGCCAAGUCAUAUAACUCCAUUAAUUGAUCGCUUCGUCGAUGCCAUCGAACAAAUGCGAUCCUCACCAGAAGCCAUUGCUGGAUACAGCUGUGCGCUAGCUGCUAUUUUGGGCAGCGUACGAUUUUCUCCUUUGGGUAUUCCUCACACCAAAGGCAAAGUUGUAUUCAAUUGUGCCGAAGAGCUUUUGAGAUCGGCAAGUCAAAAUAGCCGCAUGUCGUUGAAUCGAACGCAGGCUGGUUGGUUGUUAAUUGGAGCAAUAAUGACACUAGGCUCGCCUGUUGUUAAGGGCCUUCUACCAAGAAUGCUGCUUUUGUGGAGAAAUUCAUUCCCAAGAUCCAAUAAAGAAUUGGAAUCAGAAAAAGCGAGAGGAGAUUCGUUUACAUGGCAAGUAACUCUAGAGGGUAGAGCUGGAGCUCUGUCCGUGAUGCACAGUUUUCUAUUACAUUGCCCAGAAUUGGUAAGCGAUGAUAUUACCCGGCGGUUACUCACACCGAUUGAAAGUGCUCUAGCUAUGCUUGUGAAUCUGGCUCCUGUUUUGAAAAGCUAUGGAACACAUUUGAAAGCCCCAGCUGCUAUGGUUCGAUUGCGACUAUAUGAAACAUUGGCAUUACUUCCACCAAAUGCAUUGGAAUCAUCAUAUACGCAUUUAUUGAGAAUGCUCGUCUCGGAGUUUACACUCUCUGAAAAUCCAGCAAAUACAACCAAUUCAUUGUUGAGGGCACUUUGUCACGGUGAUGAUUCCAUAAUUUUGGGCACGUGGUUGCAAGAAACCGAUCAUCGUACAAUUGAAGAUCAGAUGGAACCGAAUAGAAGACAAGACGGCGAACAUCUGCAACCAAAUAGUGCAGCCGGUUCUGGUGCCUUGGAACACGAUUCUUGUUGCUUAUAUCGACCGGUACCGAAAAGCGAACAAUGCCCGGGGCCACUUCCUCUUGGAGUGGCAGUCAUCGAUAUGUCGGUGCAUUUGUUCGGAUUGAUUUUCCCCAGAGUUGCUAAUAAGCAUCGCCUGCAGAUGCUUGAUCAUUUUGGUGAAUGUAUCAAACAAGCCAAGAGUUCGCGGCAAGAAGCAGUUCAGAUGAACAUUUUCACUGCUCUUCUGAGUGGAUUGAAAGGUCUAACCGAGAGCAAGAGUGGAAUGGGACAGGAAGAUGUUAAGAAGAGUGCAACCAAUCUAAUUAUUGGUGCAUUGGUUAGUUCGAAUUCAACACUUCGAUGUGCAGCAGGGGAAGCAUUAGGAAGGAUCGCCCAAGUUGUCGGAGACUCACGGUUUACUGCGGAGCUGGCACAAAAUAGUUUUGAUAAGUUGAAAUCGGCUCGAGAUGUUGUCACAAGGACUGGACAUUCGUUGGCUUUGGGAUGUCUUCAUAGGUAUGUUGGUGGAAUGGGAUCCUCUCAGCACUUAAACACAAGUGUAUCAAUUCUUCUGGCCCUGGCCCAAGACACAAGCUCGCCGGUGGUUCAGGUGUGGUCACUUUAUGCUCUUUCACUGAUAGCCGAUUCAGGUGGCCCCAUGUUCCGUGGGUAUGUGGAGGCAACACUGUCCCUUAGUUUAAAGUUGCUUCUUUCGGUGCCACAUUCAAAUGUAGAUGUACAUCAAUGUAUUGGUCGAGUUUUGAAUGCUCUUAUCACUACCAUGGGACCGGAACUGCAAGGCAAUAUGUCUUCCAUCAUAACAAUGCGUUCUUCUUUCAUGUGUGCUGCAGCUGUUAUGCAAGCGCAUGCUGAUCCUCUUGUGCAGGCUGAAGCAACUGGUUGCCUACAGCAAUUGCAUUUGUUUGCCCCAAGGCAUGUGAAUCUAUCAUCAUUGGUGCCGACUCUGGUAAAGACAUUGUCGAGCAACUACUUGAUGCUGAGAAAAGCCGCAGUAGCAUGCCUAAGACAGUUGGCUCAACGAGAAGCCAAAGAGAUCUGCGAACACGCUUUGACCCUGACAGCAGAAGAAUGUCCAGGUCUUCUUAUAACCGACUCUGGUCUUCCGGGAGUGCUUUUUGGAAUGCUUGACUCCGAAUCUGACAGCGAGAUGAUAAAAAAUAUCCACGACACAAUAACUUCGAUGUUGCAAAUGCUGGCAUCUGAUAAUUUAAGCUCUUGGUUGAGUCUUUGCAAGAAUGUCCUGACAGUUGCCGUUGAAACGUCUACCGAUGAAACUCAGAAGGUCGAACUAGUUGACGAUAACGAGGAUGACAACGAAAACGAUGAUGAUGAUGAUGUGACGGAGUAUCAUGCUGAAGAGAAUACAAGCACACAUCCUGCCGUUCAGCCACGUUGGCCUACUAGAGUAUUCGCUGCAGAAUGUGUGCGAAAGAUUAUAUCUACCUGUGAGUCUGCGAAUCCAAUUCACUUUGACCUUAUCCAGGCUAAAGAAAUGCAAAUGAUCAAGAGUCGUGGAGACUAUUUGAUCCUUCAUCUAUCCGAUUUGAUUCGUAUGUCAUUUAUGGCUGCUACAAGUGAUUCAGACCAGCUUAGGCUAGAGGGACUUCGAACUUUGCAAGAAAUCAUUGAUAAAUUUGCUGGUGUUCCUGAACCAGAGUUUCCGGGGCAUCUACUGUUGGAACAAUUCCAAGCUCAAGUUGGAGCUGCCCUUCGACCAGCUUUCUCUUCUGAUACCCCAUCUCAUGUCACCGCAGCUGCGUGUGAGGUUUGCUCUGCAUGGAUAGGAUCAGGUGUGGCCAGAGAUUUGAACGAUUUACGUCGGGUACAUCAGCUGCUUGUGUCUAGCUUGGACAAGCUACACACAAAGACAAACAGUACACAACUGUAUAACGAAAGUAUGGCGACGCUUGAAAAACUUAGCAUUCUGAAGGCUUGGGCGGAAGUGUAUAUUGUGGCUAUGAUUGGAAAUGGGUCUGCUCCAGCAAGCUUAUUGCAGAAAAAACUGUCAAGCAAUGCAAAUAAUAUAAUGCUGAUGGCUGGCCCCGGGUGCGAUUCGGAGGAUGGAGAAUUCGGGGAGUUCGAGAGCCGUGGUGAAAGCUUAUUAAACUUAGUAAAACCGGAACUGGGUAAUCUCUCGACGCAUUGGCUAGCUGCAUUGAAGGAUCACGCGUUGUUGCUACUACCUUCAGAGUUUCAAAGUCAAUUGCCACAUGAUGGUGGUGCAUUCUACACAACAGACACAAUCAAUUCCUCAAAGCCACACUAUCUUACUUCCUGGCCACCAAUUUUAUAUGCGGCUGCACUCUGGUUAAAAGGUGGUGGAUUUGAUGAGCAAGAAAAUGCCAAGAACGAAAAAUCGAAUUUCGAAAACAACAAUGCAAUUUCACACGGCUCCCUGUCGGCCGAUCGUUUCCACAUGAUUUUUGGCAUUUGUAUGGAAGCUCUGUGUAGUACAAGAACAAGUGAAAAGCCCAAAAAUGUUAUAAGCUGUCUGCAGAGUUUGUACACAAUCUUCGAUUCUCAGUGGGCAAGAAAAAUGCUUGUCAAAGACAAAUCCCUAACAAUAGAACUCUGCAACGUGCUUCAUCGACAGAUUCUUACCAGAGAUGAUCUUCUUGUUCAAUUGCUGUGCAUGGAAAUUCUUAAACAGAGUAUCACCGCCGCAAAGGAGUCAUUGGAUGAAAAGAAAAACGAAAAGUUGUCUAAAUGUCAGAACGAUAAUGAAGCAAAAACAGAUCUUGGCAAAGAGCUGGACAACUAUGGAGAAGGUGGCGAGCAAGGUGAUAUAGUACCCGGACAAUCGCAUGUCUAUGCUGUUCUUGAGGUGUGUCUGUGUGUUUUUGUUCGGCAAAUUCCAUCGAUGAAUCCAAGCAGCAAUAGUAAACUUACAACGGAACAAUUAAAAAAAGAAAUGGCUUUGAGAAGUGCCAUCCCAGGAGCCAGUUUGUUGCCCGAAGACAAUGGAAUGCUAGUGGCCAGUGGAUUGCAGUGUGCCGAAGUACUAACUGAAUUGUGUUCUCCCAGAGGAGCUCUGUCUAUUCUUCCAACGAUUCUCUACAUGACCACCAGUAUAAUCAAAGAGAUCGCAACAAAGUCAGCCAACGACCCGGCUAUCCUUGCCAAUACCGGUCCGGUUCAGUCAGCCUUGCACUGUUUGAAAUCUGUCUGCACCGACAAAUGGGCAAGUGAUGAACGUGCAGCAACCGAAUGGUAUAAACUUCUGCAAAGCUCCUUGGCCAGUAUUCUUGAUUUGACAAAGACUGGCAGCGAAGAACGCAAAGUCGACGAAGUAACAAUGAUGCUGGCUAUUGCUGUUUUUAUACUCCAUACUCCGACUAGUGUUGUUGCAGCGCCAUCAUUACAAUAUCCCUGCAUAAAUCAUUUCCGCCAAUGUGUCCAAAGUGAAAAUCAAGUUGUGCGACUCAAGUGUAUCCAAACAAUCCGCUCCAUUUUUGCCAAAGCCGAUCUUAAAGUUGCCACACCUUACAUUCAUGCUCUAGCACCACGUAUCAUCGAAGGACUUUAUGUGGAAACAGCCAAAACACCACGCAACGAAAAUGAGUUGUCUAUAGUGUUGGAAAGUGUUAUGACUGUUGAGACAUUGAUUGAAUUAGCCGAACCACAAAAUCGGAACUUAAUGCAAGGAAUACAGAUGUUGACUCUCUUAGUACCUGUUCUCAUCAAUUAUCUAGCAGAACCAACAAAACUUCGUACUCUUCCCAAGUCUCAACGUCAAUUACACGAGCAAUCACUUCAAUGGCUUAUGAAAAUCGGACCGAAAUAUCCCCAGGAAUUCAAAUCCCUUAUGAGUCAAUCACUUGAGUUGCGUCAAAAACUUGAAGUUGCCGUCAUAAAUAACCAACAAUCAGUGUCAAUUACGAAUCGUAACAACAAUGAUAUUCAGAAUGGUAAUAAGCCGGGAUCAAAUGUUCAGAAACCAACUAUCAAGCUAAAGACAGAUUUUAGUAAUUUUUCCUAAAGUGGAAAACAAAAAUUGAACAUAAUUUUAUUAGCAUUAAA